UCGGUCUCCUCCUCGACGUCAGACCCGUAGAGACGCCGCGGUCGUUUUUUCCGCUCUCUUUUUUUUUCACUCGCUAUUCCUCCCAUUUGCCACUGCCUCGUUCGGAAUCCCCUCCUGCUCUCCCCUCCGGAACCCGCAUCCCCACCUCGACGGGCCAACGUGAGCGACGCUCCACGAGGCGGCGAGGUCCAUCUCUUUCACCGUUCUAAGCCCAGUGACAGUGAACCUCGCUAGCAAGGAGAAGCCACAGCUUGCUGUUAGACACAUUUGGGUACUCGAACCCGACGGGUCUCCCACAUGAAAGCUGCUUUCUCGCGAUUUUCGAACGCCUCCUCUCAACACCGUUUGACGUCUACGCUCGAGUUGCCUGGUGAUUUCGGGAGGCACGCUUUUUAAGGAUUUUCCACGGUUUUUUUUGCUUUUUUUUUAUUUUCGAUGAAAAAUCGUGAACCGAGUUGAGUGAUACUUUGGACAUUGAGUUGUGCGAAUUGAGGAUUAUCGCUGGAACGAGGUUUUGUUUACGUUCGGACGAGCGGCCCCGAGCUUGUGGAAACUGUGACUUUUGGACACCGAGAAAGUAACGGGGAAACAUCGAAAAAAUGGCUCCCGUCGUCUGCAUGGCGGAUUUUCCGAUGCCGCGAACAGAUGCUGCACAUCCAUACACGAGGCGAAGACAAAGAAGUCACGUCGCGGUUGGACUUGUCGAAAAGUAUCGAAGCCUCAAAGCGCGACAGAUGUCGUUCGCGCACGGUGGGCCGAACUCGCCCCAUCAGCCGACACCGUCCUCCUGUUCAAUCUCCAUUUCGGGUGCCGAGAGUCACUCCAACUGCGAUAAUAAUCAUUUGGGAAUUUCCUAUUCCGCUAAAAUUCCAAUUCAGCGAGAAGAACACUGGGUUCUACUGAAGCGUCGAGCUGGUUUGCUGAACAUCGUAGCGAGAACUCUCGAAUUGGUGAGAAGAAACUACAUUCUGGAGAAAAAGGUGGAGGCUCUGAAGCUCGAAACUCGAAAUUUUGUCGAUUCGGUUUUAAACAGUCCCGAAAACAGAGUGAAGAAUUCGAGAACCGGGGAAUCCCCGUUGGGCGACGAGGCGAAACGAAUGGAGAAAGUUUCCUCGACGACGACGACGACGAGCAUCGAAAAAUCGUCCUGGGCGAGAUCCCCCACAGGAACGGAUGUUGAAACGUUGCGAGACGAGAAUUCCAAUGAUGAAGAUAGUUCGAGUGCGUCGAAGAAGGCCCUGGAGCAAGAGACUCAAUCUCCAGGCAUGGCGGUUCAGUGACUCCAGUCAAUUCUCUUUCUCAGUGAUUUUUUCAAACGCCAAUAAACGAAUGGUCCGAUCGUUUGUCCCCGGCGAAAAAGACCAAAAUUCGUGCUCGACGGAUUCCGUCGUCGGGGGAGAUAUUUUGUGCUUGAGAAGCAGGAGCAAAACGUCCGGGCUCAACGUGCGCGAGUGUGGUUGCGUGUAUGAAAAUGUUUUUCAAUAACUGCUGCAAAGAGCGAGAGUGAGAGAGCGAGAAACAUGGGAAUUUGCCACGUGACAAUUGUAAAUCGUAAUUUAGAGGGUAAUUUGUCGUAUUGAAAUUUGCAUCACAAGAAUUUUCAAUUAUUUUUCUAACAGUGCUCGAAAAUUCUCUAGUUUCUCCGAGCUACUAAAAUUAGCCACGAUUUUUGACCCCCGAAAACAGAAAUACCAGAAGCAGUCGAUGCAAAGUUCAAGGCCACUGUUAUUCUUGACGACUUUCGUAUCCACAUUUAAUAAGCUCCCAUUUUUCUCCCCGUAAACGAGAAAAAAACAUUUUUCAAAAUAAGAAAUGAAAACGAAACGUUUAGAAUUCGUCAAAAUUCACGUGUGUAGUAUAAGAAUUCAAAAGUAACACCACGCGGUAUAUUCGACUAGAGAUUUUAAAAAUUUUGGCCUAUUUCGAAGAAGAUUUGCAUGAACAAGUGUAUAAUUAUAUCGAUAAAGAGUUUGGAGUACAAUGAAGCGAGCGAUCGCCGAAAGCAAAUCACGAUUAAUGAAUUUUCUGAAAGAUUCAAUCAUAUUUCAAGAAUCCUUGUAUCGUUUAAUUCGAGAGAAUGUAUUUAGAUUUACGUGUUGACACAUUGAAAUAGACAGCAAACGUACACGAGUAAAAAAGCAAAUAUGUGAAUGUUUGUGGUCAAAGGUUCAAAUAUCGAUAAUUUUAAACUCUAUUUUUGGAUUCCAAACGUUCGCACUGUCUCUAUUAAAGUCGUAAUGUAUCCGAACCGAAGAAAUCACGAAUGGAAUUUCGUGUCUGGAUAAGUUUCAUAAAAUUUGUGUGCAUUUAUCAGAUCAUUGUCGACAAACAUGUCGACUUCGGUAUCUCUUUUUUUUGGAGCAAAGAGUCGAAGUCCUGUAACCACAAAAUGAUGCGACGAGUCUAACGUAUAAAUAUUUAGUAAUAUGACCAUUUCUACUAGGCGUAGUUAUUUAUAGUUCGUCUUUCAAGAACAUCAAAAUGGAAAAAAAACGUGAACCGAAAAGCAAUUGAGUCGAUCGUCGAAUAGUGUCGAUCGCGAUAGUGUGAUAAUCGCAGGUACUUUAGGAUUUUCUACCACGUAAAUGAAAAAGAAAAAAAAACACUAACAAAGAGCAGAAGUAGAACAAAAAAGUUGCGAUCACUCAAAGUAUUAUCGAAGAUUAAAAAUCUUUUAUUCUUCAAGCCUGUUUAUUAAUUCUUCUAGUAAUUUCAUGAAUUAGAAUUGAUCUCGUGAUAAUCUACGAUUUUACGGCAAUAUUGUAAAGACUUCAUAUUUUAUAAGUCAAAAAUUCAAAUCGUGCGUACGAUUAAACGUAUACGAAACAAAAGGAACAAUGCCUCGAAUAGAAUCGUAUUUUUUUGGGGGGGAAAAAACGUUACUCAGUAACGAGAAAGAACGUGAUGGAUUCACCAAUCAUAGAAUGAAGAACUUUAUUUCGAGAAAAUUUGUCAAUCACGCUUUGUGAUGGUUCAAAAGUGGAUUGGUUCUGAAUAGAUGUUGCAUAGGUUUCCAAAUCCAGGACAAGAAAUGAUGAUUUGAAUAGAAAUUUUGAAUAAUGUGAAUGCACGUUUCGUUCUGGUGAAUCCAAUCGAAAUGUCACUUUUUAUUUGUUUUUUAUUAAAAUAAAGGGUCUUAGGCCUCUGCAUAUCAAAGCGCUAAGCGAUAAAAAUGUUUUUGGAAAGAUCGAGUAAAAAAAAUGACAAAGACAUGAUCCUUCAAAGUUUGUUUUUUAUAAGAGUGAAAAAAGCGAUAACGAUGACAUGAACUUUUGAUUUAGAGGUUUUUAAAGUGCUGAUGAAAAGUGGACUUUGCAGUGGAGUCAGAAAAAUUUCACAAUCGAUCGGUGUGAGCCGUAGGAGUGGGAAAAAAUAUGUUCGAACGUGCUUUCACGUUCGUUUUUUCAUAUCUCGGUUAGCUGAACGCGCGCGCCUAAGUAACGUGAUCUCGACUUCGUCAACUCCAAUUAUAAAAUUCGACUUUUCUGAGUCUUCUAGUUCAUAAUAAUUAUAAUAAAUAUGAAUAAUUAUUAAGGACAGUAAGAUUAUUUAACGUUUUAUUAGAAAUCGAUUUAUUUAUUUAUUGCCUGUUUUCCUAUGCGAGUCAACGACUUGAGAGGAUUCACAGCCAGAACCUUCGAAGUAUUACUAAUAAACUCUUGUACAAUAAAAAAUACAAUCAAAAAAACGAAAAUAUUGGGUCUUACGAUAA